UAAAAAGUGGCUACCCCACGCAAUUUGGCUAAAAUACUUAUUUUAGAGCAUUCAACGACCGAGCCCAUCUUCCUGAAUUAGUGCAGUCACUAUAACCUUGUAAAAGGGAUCUUUUACACGAAUAGUUGGCCAUAUUCAUCGUAUAUUUUUCUAGCCACAUAUAUAAAUUUAUACAUUGAUCAUUAUAAGCAAUCAUACAUAUAUAAUUCGUAAAUUAUGCAUAUAUUAAACCUUCACCAGCUAUUUUUAGUUUAAGCGGUUAGGUAGGCGGCUAUUUGGGUUAAUUCUUUUUGUAAAAAUAGUAAAGGGCAGCCCGAUGCAGAAAGCAUUCCGCAUUCAUGGAUUCGGGGAAAUGUCGUGCCCUAAGAAAUGUGAUGUAGAUAGCCUACCCUAAUGAAAGCAUUAGUGGCUGCUUUCACAGCUCGAACCCGUGACCAAUAGGUCAAACGGAGCCAAUUUUACCGUUGUUCCAAAGGCUACCCUUCAUGGUAAAAGAUAGUAGGGGUAAUUACAUAUGUAAAGUAGUUUAUAGAACUUGAAAGUACUAAACUGCAAGCUCAUGAAGAGCCAUAAAUAGUGGAUAGGAUGCUACCUUUGAAACAUAGCCUUCAGCAAUCACAAGGAAAAUCAUGAUCAGCAACUUUAAAUUGCCAAACCUUGUUUAUCUUUUUCAUAUUGUCGUCUCCAUUAUUAUAAUAUGGAAAAUAUUCUUUUCCACAAUCCUUAAGAUAACACGCAAGUCAUGGAGUAGUGCAAGAAACGAGAAAACCAAAAAGCCAUUAUUGCCUCCAGGUCCAAAACCAUGGCCUAUAGUUGGCUGCUUUCCUCAAAUGCUACUAAAGAAGAAGCCAACAUCUCAGUGGAUACACAAACUUAUGGAGGAAAUGGAAACUGAAAUUGCUUGCAUUCGUCUUGGGAGUUUCCAUGUCAUUGUUGUCACUUCUCCUGAGCUUGCUUGCCAAUUCUUAAGGGAGCAAGACUCUCUUUUCUCGUCGAGGCGUACUUGCAUGUCUGCCACCCUCAUUAGCAAUGGCUACUUGACCUCAGUUUUUCUCCCUAUUGGUGAUCAAUGGAUAAAAAUGAGAAGAUUUCUUGGUUCCCAUGUCCUCUCACAAUCAUCUCAUCAAUGGCUUCGUCAUAAAAGGGAUGAAGAAGCUGACCACCUUCUUCGAUUUGUAUACAAUCAAUAUUGCAGUAUCGACGAACCUGUUACUAUUAACUUGAGGAAAGUGACCAGAUAUUACUGUGCAAAUGUUGUUAAGAAUAUGAUUUUCAGCACGAGAUUACUAGGAAAAAGAAUAACGGAAAAAAAUGGAGGACCAAGUGUAGAAGAGGAAGACGAAGAACAAGUUGAAGCACUCUUCACACUUCUUGAUCAUCUCUAUUCUUUUAGUAUCUCAGAAUAUUUGCCAUGGUUAAGUGGAUUUGAUUUAGAUGGUCACAAGGCAAUUAUCAAGAAAGCCUAUGCCAAAGCAACAAAAAUGAUUGAUCAUGAAAUUGACCAAAGGUUUCAAAUUUGGAAAGAUAGCAACAAAGCUCAUGUGAAAGAAGACAUCCUUGAUGUUCUCAUCAGGCUCAAAGAUACCAAUGGAAAUCCGUUGAUGAAUGUUAAAGAGAUUAAGGCGCAAGUCCUUGAACUCAUGCUUGCAAUGGUAGAUAAUCCCUCAAAUACAGUUGAAUGUACAAUCAAAGAAAUGUUGAACGAACCACAAAUAAUGCAAAGGGCCUUAGAAGAGAUUGAUACCGUCGUUGGGAGAAACAGAUUGGUUCAAGAAUCUGACUUGCCACAGCUAAAUUAUGUCAAAGCUUGCCUUAGAGAGGCCUUUCGGCUCCACCCCUUGACGCCUUUUAACGUGCCUCAUGAGUCUAUUUCUGAUACUAUUGUGGGUGAAUACUUCAUUCCCAAAGGGAGUGUAGUGCUAUUAAGUCGUCUUGGACUUGGUCGAAACCUUAGGAUUUGGGAGGAUCCAAUGAAGUUCAAGCCAGAGCAACAUCUCAAGGAGGAAGGUGGUGAAGUAGAUCUCAAUGAUUCAAAGUUACACUUGUUCUCAUUUAGUAUUGGACGACGAGGUUGUCCGGGUGUGAAACUUGGUUCUACAAUUACUACCAUGUUACUUGCUAGGCUACUUCAAGGAUUUUCUUGGAGCUUACCACCAAACUAUCCGGGCAAUGACUUCAAUGAGAAAUCGGGAUGUAAUCAUUUAUGUACCGUGCCAAUUUUUGCUCAAGCAAAACCGCGAUUAUCGGUGGGCAUGUACUCUUAAUUAUGUGGCAUCUCGCAUUUACACAGGGUCAGGAGAAGGGCCGUACUCAAGGAGUGUGAUGUAGAUAAUCUACCGUAAUGCAAAUACUAAUGACUGCUUCCACGGGACGAACCUGUACGGCCACAACUUUACCGUUGCUCCAUUA